AUGCUGACCAGACUCUUCGAUCGCGGCCUGCUCAGGAUUGGAGGGAAGCUCCUCAGUGCUCAACCUAGUUCAGAUACUGGCAUCCAUCAGCUGUGUGCCCUCUCUCCUGAAUUGACCACCAUCGUUGGGGUACUUAAGGCGAGCCGUGUUGAUGUCAAUAAGAAACUAUGGGUAUAUAUCAAAUCCCACAAUCUGCAAGAAACGACGGACAAGAGGAAUAUUAAGCCUGAUGCCGUUCUAGGCAAGAAGUCUACUUUAGUUGCUCGAAUAGAACCUAUUGGUUAG